AUUGCCAUCUCACCUAUCCACUUGGGCAACAAUCUUCACAAAUUCACUAUGGACGAGGAGCCAAGUAACAGAGGAAAAAGCACUGAAAAGGAUACUGGAGAGAUCAAGUACAGAGGUGUUAGGAAGCGGCCAUGGGGAAAAUACGCCGCAGAAAUACGAGAUUCGUCCCGGCAGGGGGCUCGGGUUUGGCUCGGGACAUUUAACACAGCGGAGGAGGCGGCUAGAGCCUACGAUAAGGCAGCGUAUGCCAUGAGAGGUCAUUUGGCCAUUCUUAACUUCCCAGAAGAGUACAAUUUGCCCAGUAGUUCAUCACAUUUUGCUUCGGCUUCGUCUUCGACUUCAUCUUCGGUGCAGGAAAGACAAGUCUUCGAAUUCGAAUACUUGGACGACAACUUAUUGGAAGAACUUCUUGAUUAUGACAAAGAAGAGAAGAAGAAAGAUUGAAGUUAAUUUCGUCUUUUGACUCCUUCUAUUUCAUUUUGAACUUUGAUGCAUGUUUGGUAAGGUGGAAUAAAUAAUAAUGAACUAUAUCGACGAUGAAAAUAUGCUAUGGAAUCUUAUUUAUUACAAUGUUCUAUCUUAUCAAGUACGGUUUACCAAUUAGAUUACUUACUUGAUAUAUCAUGAGUUUGUGAAUGCAAUAUAACUCAGAGAAAGUUAAUUGGGCGAAGUCCCUUUCAAUCAUUUCUGGAGUGUAUUGAUAGAAAACGAUUAUAAACAAGUGGGCUCAUAAAUUCUGGAGUC